AUGCGAGCUGAAUAUGGUGAAUUUGCUUUAGAUAAUGAAAGUCAAAAUUAUAAAUUACAAAUAUCACAAUUUCGUUCGAACACAUCAACAGCUGGUGAUUCACUUUCAUCAUCAUGGGAUAAUGCUAAUAGAAUAUCAUUUUCUAUUUAUGAUCAUGAUCAUGAUUAUGAUAAUUUAUUUUAUAAUAAUUGUGCAUUAACUUAUCAUGAUGGUGCUUAUAUACGAUCACCACUUGCUUUACAAAAUACUGCAAGAAAUGGCUUACAUUGGAAUACAUAUGGAUUGUAUUAUUCAAUGAAAGAAACAACAAUGCGUAUUCGACGACAACAUACAUUUGCAAUCAAUUAA